AAGAGACACUUCCAGGCAGUCCCAUCGUGCGACGCGGAUUAAUUGCACCCAUCCCGUAAUAUCGGGAACGGAACUCGAGCGCCAUAAGUUUGAGGAAUUCACGAGAAUCGGCGUUACCUCGUUAUCUUUAUGCUGUUCUGGUUUUGUCGGAAUUCAUCCCACUUAGACUACUUGACGUUUUUGUCCGAUCGGCCGAGCUUUUUCACCCCGUCACGGUCUAACAGACCGCUGCUACCAGCCCCGCCUUUACCCCCGAUAAGUUCACCGACCCACGUGUUCGCGUGUGUCGCCUAUAAAAGCUCACUUAGCAUCAACAUGUACGGCAAUGUUCCUCCGUGAUGGCUGAUGGAAAGUCGCUGCUCGGAAUCUCGGUGGCCUCCGUCAUCUACGAGAGGACAUUUCACGAUCAUCGACCUAACUAGGGGAUAGAAGGGUCGAGAAACACCACAGGCGGCAUCGAUGGAUUCUUCGAUUAAAAUUUCAUCAACAUCAUCAUCUUCGGGUUUCUCAGUCUACAAAAUUGGUAUUGGUUUCUACAGUGGCCGUUAUGAGCGUGCACCACGAAACCACGACGCCAUGGAUGGCGCCACACGGUGGCCAUCAACUUUCAGGACAUUCAGUACACCAUCGAGGGCGUAAAAGCAGCAGCGCGUCGAAGGAUCCAUCGAUCGGCCUUCCUCGAUCUCCGGCAACUUACGAGACACUAACGACCCAGCCACAACCAUAUCUACCUCGUUAUCGGCCACACCUUUCGUCGUUCUUGUCCGUAACGACGCUGGGCUUCGCGAAAACAAUUCGACCUUCUUGCUUUAUGCCAGAGCGAGGUCGAUCCGCUGGAAUGUCCACGGUAGUCAACCAUCUGUCCAACUUAUAAUUCCUGUUCGAGACAGCUUAACUGAUUUACCGCAAUUUGCCGCGUUCGUUGAUGAAAUACAGGCCAGGAUGUCUCACGGGCGGAUGGGGAGGGUGGAGUUACGUGUCGAUGCUUCCUCUAGUAGAUUUCUUUGUCUUUGUAACUUGUACAUUGUGUAUAUAGCGUGGGGUGCUAAUCUUCGUCGUAUGAAAUGUAAAAACAAUCGAGGAUCUUGUGGUUCACUGUUGUAUUAUAUAUCUUUUUACUGAAACUGUUUAAAAAUAAACGUAUACUUAUGAGCAAAACUAAA